CGUACACGAUCCCCCGAUCGCGACUCAAGUGUCAAACUGUGCUAAAUGGAACUGACCAGCGUUCAAUGUUAAAGAAACAAAGAUACGAGGACAAGGAAGUGAACAUGGCGAUACAGAGUGUUUCGAGGUACCCGAGUAGCCCUGCCGAGGCCACCGAACCGCCUAAAGCACCAAGGAUAAGCUUCAGCGUCGCAUCUAUACUCGCAGAUACCAAGGCGAGCCGAGUGGAUGAGACGGCUGAUAUGAUCCGACACCAUCUCAGUAUACCAGAAUCUCCAUUGAGGCAAUCCCCGGCAGCGCAGCCGGAGUUGCCCGGUGGAAAGGCGCAUUCACCGAGGCCGUCGUCGCAAACACCUCCAUUGAAUCUAAAUGCUUCUGCGACGGUUACCUCUUCGGAAGACGAAUACGAAGAUUCCGUUAACCAAGAAGAUUCUAUAGUCGAUGUGGAAGAUUUACAGAAUGGAGUACAGAGUGAUGAGGACGACAGAAUGUCGACGCCCAAUGAUAAGGAGAGAUUGGGGCCGAUAAGGCCGACACCGUUCAGCGCUUUGGCGGCAGCGGCGGCGGCUUACCACGGUCUGAGCUGGCCUGGUGCUCCAUCAGUCGUUCCUUCAUUUGGACCCCUUUUCCAGGCACAUUUUCCCGUUGGACACAUUACAGAUGCCAACGGCGAGCCACCGAAACUCAAAUGCCAUCUCCGCAAACACAAGCCAAACAGAAAACCCCGCACCCCCUUCACGGCGCAACAGCUCCGUGCUCUCGAGAGCAAGUUCGUCGACAAGCAGUACCUGAGUAUCGCUGAGAGGGCAGAGUUUUCGUCUUCUCUUGGACUAUCUGAGACUCAGGUCAAAAUCUGGUUCCAGAACCGACGCGCAAAGGCGAAAAGGGUUCAAGAAGCGGAGAUAGAGAAGCUCAAGAUGGCGCAGUUUACCCGCCAUCCCCACCACAUGUAUCCCCAUCCGCUGCAGCAAUACUUCCCCCACCCCUUGAUGGGGCGACCCUUACCGAUGAUGCCACCGCAUCUCAUGCAAUCAUCUGUACAGAACUCACCCUCACCCAAUACACAGCCUAAUGGGCAACAGUAAGAUAAAAUAAUAACUAUACCCAGCUUUUACCGCUAAGAUGUUUCACAAAAGAAUCUCCAUCAUAGAACUGAUAGAAAUAGC